CGCCUGCGCGGAAGACGAAACCCGUAUAGUGGGGGCUGGGUUCGCCGGAACCCCGCGUUCCCGACUUCUGCUUCCGGGUCGGAGCCAUGGCGGUGGCAAAUUCAAGCCCUGUCAAUCCCGUGGUGUUCUUUGAUGUCAGCAUUGGCGGCCAGGAAGUUGGCCGGAUGAAGAUCGAGCUCUUUGCAGACGUUGUGCCUAAAACGGCCGAGAAUUUUAGGCAAUUCUGCACGGGAGAAUUCAGAAAAGAUGGGGUUCCAAUAGGAUACAAAGGGAGCACCUUCCACAGGGUCAUAAAGGAUUUCAUGAUUCAGGGUGGAGAUUUUGUUAAUGGAGAUGGUACUGGAGUUGCCAGUAUUUACCGGGGGCCAUUUGCAGAUGAAAAUUUUAAACUUAGACACUCAGCUCCAGGCCUGCUUUCCAUGGCAAACAGUGGUCCCAGUACAAACGGCUGCCAGUUUUUCAUCACCUGCUCUAAGUGUGAUUGGCUAGAUGGGAAGCACGUGGUGUUUGGAAAAAUCAUCGAUGGACUUCUGGUGAUGAGAAAGAUUGAGAAUGUUCCCACCGGCCCCAACAAUAAGCCCAAGCUGCCUGUGGUGAUCUCACAGUGUGGGGAGAUGUAGUCCAGACUAAGACUGAAUCAGCUCUCAGGUGAUGCUGAUGCUGACUUGGAGUGAUAAAGCUCCAGGGGAAUAACGAUAUGUCUCUGCAUUGAGCACCCACCACACUCCAAUCAGAAAAGACCCAGGAGGACAUCAUCUCUUGGUGGCACUGACCCAGCAGGGAUCUACUGCCUUCAAAUCAAGAUAUCACCCAGUCAUGCAUCUGAGGCCUUGUGCCUAGGCACUGAAAGUAUAAGAAGGUGGGAAGGAGACAGAAGACAGGUGCACCUCCCUAUGGAGCACUUCCUUCCAGAACUUAUUUCGUGCUUUACGUUAGGUCCUGACUUUGGUUAUAGUGAAACUGAAGUUUUCUGACAACUGUAGAUGUAGAAAUCUUGAUUUUAUCUCAGUGGGUCCCAUGAAAGCUUUUUUAUGAUGAAUCUGAUUAAGUAUACAUAAACGAACCUUGGCCCUCAGGA